AUGCAGCAAUCACGAGCAAGACUGUUCAAGGAAUACAAAGAGGUUCAGCGAGAGAAAGUAGCUGAUCCGGAUAUUCAAUUGGUCUGUGAUGAUACCAACAUAUUCAAAUGGACUGCACUUAUCAAGGGGCCAUCGGAGACUCCUUAUGAAGGCGGUGUGUUUCAGCUUGCAUUUGCUGUUCCUGAACCAUAUCCUCUUCAACCUCCUCAAGUACGGUUCUUGACCAAAAUAUUCCAUCCAAAUGUGCAUUUCAAGACAGGGGAAAUAUGCCUGGACAUAUUGAAGAAUGCUUGGAGCCCCGCUUGGACGCUUCAGUCAGUGUGUAGAGCGAUCAUAGCAUUGAUGGCUCAUCCUGAGCCGGACAGUCCUCUUAACUGCGACUCAGGGAAUCUUCUAAGAUCUGGGGAUGUGAGAGGGUUCAAUUCAAUGGCACGUAUGUAUACACGCCUCGCUGCUAUGCCUAAGAAAGGAUGA